AUGUGGUACAAUGAACGUAUAAAUAAAAGACGAGUUUCAGCACCUCCAGAAUUCUCAAUCUGUUGUAUGCAUGGAAAGAUAGAGCUCCCUCCACCUCCUCAGCUGCCUCAAGUCAUUAUUGAUCUUCUACUGAACGGAGACACCCGAAGCAAAAAUUUCCGAGAGAAUAUUCGUGCUUACAACUCGAUGUUUGCAUUCACUUCUAUGGGUGGAAAAGUUGACACAUCAAUCAACAAAGGGCGUGGACCUCCUGUUUUCAGAUUAUUAGGUCAAAAUUACCACAGGAUUGGAAGUUUACUCCCUUUAGAUGACUCACGGCCUAAAUUCCAACAGCUUUACAUAUUUGAUACGGUCAAUGAAAAUGCAAACAGAAUCGCAGCAUUCAGUUCAAAAAGAACAACACCAACUUCUGAUAUAAAAAUACUCAGGGAUGAUAUUGUGGAAGAAAUCAAAGUUAUGCUAAACGAAACCAACCCAUACGCAAAGACUCUUCGGACAGCAAAGGAACGUUUUGGAGAUUCAUUGGAAUCUAUGAAUGUCAAAGUGAGAUUGAUUUCAGGUCGUUCGACAGAUCCUAAUACUUAUAAUAUGCCCACUUGCUCAGAAGUUGCUGCACUUUUGGUUGGAGAUAUUGAUGAAGAGUUUGAGGCGAGAGAUAUUGUGGUGGAAACUAAAAGUAGAGAUUUGGCAAGAAUCAGUGAGCUUCACCCAGCAUAUCUUCCUUUACAAUAUCCAAUUCUGUUUCCAUAUGGAGAGGAUGGUUACCAUAUCGAUUUGCAUCUAAAGAGAACAACAACAACAUCAACAAACCCAAGGUUUAGAGUGAGCAUGAAAGAGUUUUUUUCUUACAAGCUCAUGGAACGUGCCAGCCACUUCAACGUGCUAUUGCAUUCUGGAAAACUGUUUCAGCAAUUCAUUGUUGAUGCAUACACAAUGAUGGAAGGAGAGAGAAUUGGAUAUCUCAAGCUCAAUCAAAAGACUUUGCGUGCAGACAACUACAGCAAUAUUUCAGAUUUUGCUUCUACUGGAAAUAAAGAUUCAUCGAUGUGUGGAAGAAGGGUUGUCUUGCCUGCAACUUUUGUGGGAGGUCCAAGAUACAUGCAUGAAAAGUAUAUGGAUGCAAUGGCUGUUUGUUCACAUUUUGGAUAUCCAGAUUUAUUCAUAACUUUCACUUGCAAUCCUAAAUGGCCUGAGAUUACAAGGUAUCUAAGUUCCCGACGCUUACAAACAGAAGACAGACCUGAUAUUCUGUCACGGGUGUUUAAGAUGAAGUUGGAUUCUCUUAUUUGGGAUAUAAAAGACAACAACCUCUUUGGCCCAUCAGCAGCAGAUGACAUAGACAAGCUUAUAUCUGCUGAAAUUCCAGAUCGAGCAUCUAAUCCAGCAUUAUAUGAUAUAGUCAGAGAUAUAAUGGUUCAUGGUCCAUGUGGGUUAGCAAAUCCAAACUCGCCAUGCAUGGUGAAAGGAAAAUGUACCAAGCGAUUUCCUAAAGAUUUUUCCCCUCAUACUUCCAUUAAUAAAGAAGGAUUCCCAGUUUACAGAAGAAGAGACGAUGGAAAAUCAAUGGAGAAAAACGGGAUUGAUAUUGAUAACAGAGCAAUCAAGUAUUUGUUCAAAUACAUCAACAAAGGAAAUGACCGAGUCACUGCAAAACUACAACAAGAUUCAGCAAAUGGAGGAAGUUCUGAAAAUACUUCUCAAAAUGUAGUAGAUGAAAUCAAGCGUUUCAUUGAUUGUCGGUAUAUAUCACCAUGUGAAGGAAUGUGGAGAAUAUUUGGGUUUGAGCUACAUUACAGUAGCACAUCUAUUCAGAGGUUGUCUUUCCAUCUUCCUGGAGAGCAUAACCUUACCUAUGAUGACGAGGACGAUAUUGAUGAAGUAUUGGCAAAAGAGGAAAAUCAAACGUCACAAUUUUUGGAGUAUAUGAAAAUGUGUAGUCGAAACUCUGUUGCAAAGGAAUUGACUUACAUUCAGUUUCCCUACUUUUUUGUGUGGAACAAGUCGAUAACAGAAUGGACUCCACGUCAAAGAGGUUCAGCUGUUGGUAGAAUCCAUCCUACCAAACCAUCUGCUGGUCAACGAUUCUACUUGAGGAUUCUUUUGAGCAAAGUUAAAGGUGCAACAUGCUACGAAGAUUAUCGUACCGUUGAUGGAAUUACAUAUCCAACCUACAAGGAAGCUUGCUAUGCUUUAGGUUUACUUGAUGAUGAUAAGGAGUACAUUGAAGCCAUCAAGGAAGCAAGUCAAUGGGGGUCAGGUGUUUACUUACGUCGAUUAUUCGCUUAUCUUUUAGCUUCAGAAAGUUUGUCACAGCCUGCACAUGUUUGGUCGGAAACAUGGCAUUUACUUUCUGAUGACAUUUUACAUAUGCAACGUGCAAUCCUCCAGAGGCCAGGACUAGAAAUGUCAAAUGAUCAGCUAAAGAAUCAAACUUUGCUGGAGAUCGAAAAGCAGUUACGCUCCAGUGGAAAUACUCUCGAAAACUUCUCUACAAUGCCAUUUCCCACAAACAGCAAUAUUCCUUCUAUGGUCAAUAGAUUGAUAACUGAUGAGCUGUGUUACGACAGAGACGCAUGUGCUCAGGAACAUCAAAGAUUACAGUCUAGAUUGACAUCAGAACAGAGGGAUAUUUAUAACACUAUCAUGAAAGCUGUCACAACAAAUUCUGGUGGUGUGUUCUUUGUCAAUGGAUUUGGAGGGACAGGGAAGACAUUCCUUUGGAAAACUCUAUCAACAUACAUUCGUUCAGUUGGGGAUAUCGUCUUGAAUGUAGCUUCAAGUGGAAUGGCAGCACUGUUACUAGAUGGGGGACGCACAGCUCAUUCUCGGUUUUCAAUCCCAUUAGAGCUGCAUGAAAGUUCCACUUGCUCAUUUACCACAAAUAGUGAGCUAGCUGAAUUGUUAUUGAAAGCUAAGUUGAUCAUUUGGGAUGAGGCACCAAUGUUGCACAAACAUUGUUUUGAAGCUCUAGAUAGAAGUUUGAAAGAUGUUAUGAGAGCAGCAAAGGCUCCUAACCACAGUAGGCCAUUUGGUGGUAAGACUAUUGUUUUUGGAGGUGAUUUUCGCCAAGUGCUCCCAGUUAUUCAUAGGGGUAGCAGGCAAAACAUUGUGCAAGCUUCUCUCACUUCUUCUGUGCUGUGGAAAUCUUGCAAAACCCAGCAGAAGCUGAAUCCAUCAAAGAGUUCUCCGAAUGGAUUCUAA